UUGCUAAUAAGUGCUGUCGGACUUGAGAAGAAUUAAAGUGCAAGAUUCGGCUAAGUAAAAAAAAGCAAAAAAUAUUUUUAACAAAGCAAAAAACUUUCAAGUUAUUUUAAAUAUUUAUAUGCAUAUAGAGAUGGUGCGCCAUCGUUUUGUGCCUAAUUAUUAAACACCGCGUAUAUCCACUCCGGGCACUCUGGAAAUCAUUGCUGAAUCAGCAUCGAAUUGGUUGUUAUCAAAAUGCGCAAAGCUUUCUACUCGCUUUUGGUGGUCAUUUAAUGAGAUUUUCAACUACUUCGGCUUCACAUUAUGUCUGCGAAAUUGUCUGGAAAUCUUAUAAAGGUAUUCGUCUAUGGCACGUUGAAGCGCGGCGAGCCAAAUCACCACUGGCUCACACGCACUGAAAAUGGGCACUCGCGUUUUGUGUGCGAGGCGCGCACUGUGCAAAAGUUUCCACUGGUGAUAGGCACACGCUACAACAUUCCAUUUUUGUUAAAUAAACCUGGAACGGGUCGUAAUGUAUGCGGUGAGGUUUACGAGGUGGACGACACAAUGUUUGCAAAUCUCGAUGUGCUGGAGGAUUGCCCCAAUUAUUACGAACGCGAAAUACAGCAAGUAACAACUGAAGAUAAUGUAUCAAUGGACUGUUGGCUAUAUUUGAUCAAGCAAUUUCCGGAACAGCUGCUCUCCAAACGCCAUCUGGACUCAUAUCAUAAUAACGCAGCACAACCGUAUUGCGAAAGUUAUCUAGAAAGCUCCAGGGACGACAUGUAUGUAGGGGAGGAGUUAAGUACGGUCAAAAAAUGUACUAAACCAACGAAUGAUGUUUAGAAUCCUUAAUGUAAUAAAAAUUUCACCUACUGUGCAAUAAAUCGCAUAUUAAAUAAAAAACUACUAACUUUUCACAAGCACAUAGACGGAAAAGCUCAGAGAACU